ACAUCCCAAACCGGUUUCCGGUUCUGUAAAUGUCGUACUUUGACUAAACACGGCCGCGGGCAACCUUGCUACGUCAGCUACGGAAUGGACACGCUGCGAGGAAGCGUUAAUGAUGAGACACCGCGUGAGAUAAACACGGAUAAAGUUACGGCGGACUCUCCAAUGGCCGCCGACGAAGACAGUUUGGACACAGAAGUCGCGUGCUUGAUGAGAGUUGAGGGGAAUUCGGGCUGGCUUCAUUUGUUCGAAAACACGGAGGUGACUAUUGGUCGAGGUACUAACGUGACCUACCAGCUCCUGUCCCCAAGUCACCCUUUAAUGAUUUCCAGGCUGCACUGUACUUUCUCUCAAAGGGAAGAUGGACACUGGACAGUCACAGAUAACAAGAGUCUCAACGGUGUGUGGGUGAAUGGAAUCCGCAUCGCCUCUCAAGAAGCCCACCUGCUUUCCUUUGAAGACUCCGUACGACUGGGCGUUCCUGUCAUCGGGUCCAAAGUGGAGUACGAGUACAUGCUUGUGCGGCGGCCCCUCCGAGAAAUUAAACACAACUUGGCAAAAAGAUACAUAGAGCCCUUAAAAAUUGUGCACUUCCCCAAGAAAUGCAAGCGGAAGCUGAGAGAGGAAGAAACGGAGGCAUCCACCUCAAAGGCCAAAUCGUACCGCUGCUCGUACUCAGACAAUCAAUUGGCGCACCCGUGCCCUCUUCCUCCAGUUGAGCACCACCAGCGCCACAGUUGCCCUCAGAUGGGGGAGACUGGUCCCAAUCCAUUUCCAGAAGAAGCACACAAAAGCUGUGCUGGUCCAGAUCGUCUUUCUGACCUGGACAACUUGCAGAUGUACAGCCAGAACAUAUUGAUGCUCAGGGAUCAGGUGGACAGCAGACAGAGGCAGGUCACCUCGCUCGAGGCUGGAUCCCAAUCGGUCGACCUGUUCAAGGAAGAGCAGAUCAAGGAGUUGCAGCGGCAGCUGCAGACCCUCCGAGCCCAGAUGCAGCAAAUGGAGACGCUUGAGAGGGCCUUCAUUCUAAUUAAGACACGGCAAGAGGCUCAAACACAGCAGCAAAAGACGGCGAUGAAAAUACAGCUGGAUGAGGCCUUGAAGGAGCAGCGGAAAAUUAUGGAUGAACUUGCGCUAUCCCGGACGAGGUUUGAGGAGGUUCUGUUGGCCAAAAACAAAGAGCUCGAAGUAACCAAGGAAGCGAAGGAAAAGGCGAAGGACGAAGUGGUCACGCAAGUAACCGACGUUCUGGAAAACGAGCUUCAGUGUGUCAUCUGCUCCGAGCUCUUUAUAGAGGCCGUCAUCCUGAACUGCGCCCACAGCUUCUGCCGCUUUUGCAUCAAGCAGUGGCGCAAAAAGAAAGACGAGUGCCCCAUCUGCCGGCAGGCCAUCAAGACCCAGACCCGGUGUCUGGCGCUGGACAACUGCAUCGACAGCAUGGUGGAGAACCUCAGUUUGGAUAUAAAAGUCCGACGCCAGGCGCUCAUCUCCGAGCGGAAAGAAGACACGUGCGUUAAAUUGCCGCAAAAUAGAGACUCCAAAAACUCAACAUAAUGUUUGCUUAAGGGAAAAAUGUUUACAUAGUUUAAGCCGGAAAAGCAAUACGUGUCAGUAUGACGGUGACAGUUACGGUAAUAAUAGUGACACUAACGAUAAUAUAUGAAUUUAUUCCAAAUUACAGCACAUAUUUUUUUUAUGUGUAUUAAUGUCACAAAGAUGUGAAAGAUGUCAGUAACUUACAGUUAAAUGGAAUAAAACGCUUGCAGGUUACAUUUCAGGUUGUAAAAAAUGUUUUCCAGCAAAAAUAAUACAUUAUUAUUUUAAUCAUUAUUUCAUUCACUUAUUAUUUUGUCCGUUUGUUUGUGGCAAUUUCUUGGUUGAUUGCUUUUGAGGUUCGCGCUGCUCAGGCGUUGGAUUUCUCCUUCCGUCCUGUGGGUGGCAGCAUUUUGCUCAGCCAUUUGCUGAAGAGCUUUCCGUAACUAUGGAAACGCACGGAUCACUGGGACCGCAGCUAUGAUUUAAGACUGUGCAAAAGGUAUUCUGUUUCAAGUUACAUUACUAUGUGUAUUGCGGCGUAUAAUGGGUCGAAUUGCGUUUAAGAUGCGCUUUUAUGGUGUGACGUGUGUUUUUGGAUGACUUAAAUGAACUAGGAGUGAGACAAAUGUCUAAACCAGGUGUGGCAAAUCUCCGGCCCGCAAACCGGUUAAAUCCAGCCUGCGAGAGGAUUUUUAGAAAAAAAAUAUAAAACCAUGACAUGGCUAAAAAUGAGCUGCAAUUUUUCAAUAAAAAGUGCUGUUCUGGUAGCGUCAGCUAGAUGGCGCAAUAACAAUUGUGUUCAGCACGCAAACUAUAGCGGGUUAGAGCAAGUACAGUACAGUACAAAGUUUGUCAAUGACGUAAGUUUUAUUCUACUAUCUACACCCCUGGUCUAAAUUAAAGUAAUUCAUAUUUGCUUAUUUUGUGUGUGACUUAUGUAUUGCAUGUGUAAAUCGUGGCAGUGAUUAUAGAUGUUAUUUAGUAUAUGAUGCAAAUUGCACCCGAUUCAAAUAUUAUUUUUACAAUCAUAACACUCCCAAAGUUAUCUGUUAAAUAUUAAAAUAAAAAAUAAAAUGACCUGAAUUGUAAAAUGAAUUUAAAAAAAAAAAUCUCCUUUCCAAGAUGUUUAAUUUUGUUCUCCAUUGUUAUUUAGUCAAUUCGAAGUUCGAACAGGAAGUUGUCACGCGCAACAUUCGUCACUUACAUAUCAUCAUAAAGCUUUAAUAUUGCACAUUAAGCUCUUGUCAGUUUUAGCUCCUAUGGACAUUUUCACGUGUAUUUAUGCUUUAUUGUGUGAAUAGUGUUAUAUUUUAAGCUAAGAGUAUAAAAUUUUGGUAUAAAAGAAACAGCGGCAGGUGGCUUGUCACCGACUAGUCUAAAACAAAAGCACUGGUUGACAAUCAUUUCCAUAAAGUCUAUGAUAAUUUGACCUUU